CGCCCGCGCUCCGCCCAUGCACCGCCGCGGGAAAGCCGACCAAGCGCGCGCUGUCUGACCGAGGAAAGCGAUGAGGGACGCGGUCGAGCUGAGCCUGCAAAGCUGUCGUGCCGCGGUAGCCGAACCGCGGUUCCUACAACUGGACGGCGCACCGAGCAUCAGGCGACCGGGCAGCAACGUUACAGCGAGCGCAGUGGCCACCGGUACAACGCCGUACGCACUGGCCGCCAGGGCGGAGUCUUCGCUGUUAACAACGACGGCUGCCAAGCCCAGCAAGUCUCCCAAGUCUUGCUCGGCCAAGACGAAAAGUAAGGAGGAUGACGGCAAGGCUCCACCGGUGAAGCCCCCUUAUUCCUACAUCGCUCUCAUCACCAUGGCGAUCCUGCAGAGCCCCGAGAAGCGGCUGACACUCUCCGGGAUUUGCGAAUUCAUCCGGAACAGGUUUCCCUUCUACCGGGACAAGUAUCCCAUGUGGCAGAAUUCGAUACGGCACAACCUAUCGCUCAACGACUGCUUCGUGAAAAUCCCCAGGGAGCCCGGCAAUCCUGGUAAGGGAAACUACUGGACGCUCGACCCUGCCAGCGAGGAUAUGUUCGACAACGGCAGCUUCCUGAGGCGCCGCAAGCGGUACAAGCGACAGCCACCCGACCCACUCGGCGAGGGCUUCUUCUUCGGGGAUCUGCUGAGGCAGCACCCUCUCUUUCCGGGUGCUCUGGUCCCACCGAUUCCGUACCAGCAAGCGUUCCUUCCUCUGCCGGCGCUGCACGUGCUGCCCCCGAUGACUCCCGCGCCACCGCCUGUCGUACUAAGCGGUCGCAAGCCGGCAGCAACGAGUUUCAGCAUCGACAGCAUCAUAGGAACAAAGCCUCGCCUCGACGACGUAGGAUUCUGCAGACCUUGCCUCCAGCAAUGGCCCCCUCGAUGAUACGUCGGAAGAAGCCAGGCUCCGAGUGACCACUUCUGCUAACUCGGCAGGGGUGAAGCCACCUCAAUGUGACGCUCGUGGCAGACUCAUUGGAGGCGAGGCAACAAACGCUUCUUGAGGAUGACCCUCAUUAGUGGCUGUGGGUGUCGCCGCGGACCUCGCACCUUGCACGAUGCCGUUACGGACAAGUCCUCAAGAGUAAGUCCCUUGACGAAGACUUUGCUGAACAUUGGAGGCAGAAAGCGUGUGCUUGGAACUGGAACCCGGACGCUGUACAGCUUCGAACAGCAUGCUCGUUCAAUCCUUCAAUUUGCGAGAUUAGGUGUUAAAAUAAGCUUGACAUGGUAGUUGAUCCCUAUUGUAUACACCGUGGUGAAUGAAUGUAACUACGCUUAUUGACAAUUUAAUUGCGUUAUUAGGCAGUUCCAAGUGUUAGGCGACAGUUUUAUACUGAUCUGUAAUCCUACUUGAUACAUGUGUCGCAGCAUUUGUGCUAAUUUCAAGUGGGACAGAGCUACAUGUCGAAACAAAUGUCCUAUAUAUGAACUGCUAGAUAUUUGUUUUCUUCGUUAUUCUGCGAAAUUUGUGAAGUUAAUGUCAUUAUCAAUCGUGUAUUCUGCUCGACGUAAUCGGGACAGAAGCACUAUUUCCAGGAAAUACGUAUACAGUUAUGCUGCCAUUUCUGUGAAC